AUGCCACGCCGCGCCGCGCCCGCGGCUCUCCCGCUGCUGCUCACCCUGCUGCUUGCUGGAUGCGGCGGCAACCCGGACGCCAAGCGCCUGUACGACGACCUGCUCAGCAACUACAACAAGCUGGUGCGGCCCGUGCUCAACGUCAGCGACGCGCUCACCGUGCGCAUCAAGCUCAAGCUGAGCCAGCUCAUAGAUGUGAAUUUAAAGAAUCAGAUUAUGACGACCAAUUUAUGGGUGGAACAGAGUUGGUACGACUACAAGCUGUCGUGGGAGCCGCGCGAGUACGGCGGCGUGGAGAUGCUGCACGUGCCCUCCGACCACAUCUGGCGUCCUGACAUCGUGCUCUACAACAACGCGGACGGCAACUUCGAGGUGACGCUGGCGACGAAGGCGACGCUGAACUACACGGGCCGCGUGGAGUGGCGCCCGCCCGCCAUCUACAAGUCCUCCUGCGAGAUCGACGUCGAGUACUUCCCCUUCGACCAGCAGACCUGUGUCAUGAAGUUCGGCUCCUGGACUUACGACGGAUUUCAGGUGGACCUGAGACAUAUCGACGAAACUCGUGGCACAAAUGUAGUCGAACUCGGCGUCGAUCUCUCAGAGUUCUACACCUCCGUCGAAUGGGACAUCCUCGAAGUGCCCGCCGUUAGAAAUGAAAAAUUCUACACGUGCUGCGACGAGCCCUACCUGGACAUAACGUUCAACAUCACGAUGCGGCGCAAGACGCUGUUCUACACCGUGAACCUGAUCAUCCCGUGCAUGGGCAUCUCGUUCCUGACGGUGCUGGUGUUCUACCUGCCGUCGGACAGCGGCGAGAAGGUGUCGCUGUCCAUCUCCAUCCUGCUGUCGCUGACCGUGUUCUUCCUGCUGCUGGCCGAGAUCAUCCCGCCCACGUCGCUGGUCGUGCCGCUGCUGGGCAAGUUCGUGCUCUUCACCAUGAUCCUCGACACCUUCAGCAUAUGCGUGACGGUGGUGGUGCUGAACGUGCACUUCCGCUCGCCGCAGACGCACACGAUGGCGCCGUGGGUGCGGCGCGUGUUCAUCCACGUGCUGCCGCGCCUGCUCGUCAUGCGCCGCCCGCACUACCGCCUCGACCCGCACCGCAGCCGCUUCGCCGGGCUGGUGACGGCGGGCGGCGAGGCGACGCCGUGGGAGGAGUGCCUGGGCGCGGGCGCGGCUGAGGCACUGGACGCGGAGGGCGCGCCGCCGCCGCCCGCCGCCUGCCGCGCCUGCCGCGCCUGCCGCCUGCACGACGCGCCCGCGCUGUGCGACGCGCUGCGCCGCUGGCACCGCUGCCCCGAGCUGCACAAGGCCAUCGACGGCAUCAACUACAUCGCCGACCAGACGCGCAAGGAGGAGGAGUCUACGAGGGUGAAGGAGGACUGGAAGUACGUGGCGAUGGUGCUGGACCGGCUGUUCCUGUGGAUCUUCACGCUGGCGGUGGUGGUGGGGUCGGCGGGCAUCAUCCUGCAGGCGCCCACGCUGUACGACGAGCGCGCGCCCAUCGACGUGCGCCUGUCCGAGAUCGCCUACGCCACCGCCAAGCCGCGCCCGCCGCCGCCGCGCUAGCCGGCCAGCCAGCCAGCCAGCCAGCCGUCCGGCACGCCGCACCCAGUAUUAUUAUACGAUGUUGUAAAUAAUAUACAUAUUAUAGUUUAUACGACGAGCGAUGCUAUUAAGAAUGAGUCGAAUUUCUUUUGAUAGAGACGAAAUAAAACGAUCGUUUAUAC